UACAGCCAGCUGGUGUGGUGGCUGUGAGUGUCAGUAUGAAGUCUCUGGUGUUCUGUGGCUGUUUCUGUGUGUUUGUGUUGGGAGCAGCUCAGCUGUUUGCUGAGCAAGAGCCCAAACAGGUCACACGCUGCAAUGUUACCGGUCAGUGGAGGAGCGAGCAGGGCUCCAUGCUGCAGCUGACCUCCACUGGUCCAGAGGUGAGGGGAAUUUAUCACACCGCAGUGGAGACAGCGCUCGGGGCAUCGGGCCACAACCGGGAAUCGAAGGUGGUCGGGGUGGUCGGUCACGGCCUCCAACCUGCCGUCGCCUUCUCCGUGCUGUGGGCGAAAGGCUCAUGCAGCUCCUGGGUUGGCCAGUGCUUCUUGUUGCCAGGUGGUGGUCAGGUUCUGAAAACCCUCUGGAUGUUGCGCUCAGUUGUUGAGAGCUCUUUAGACAACUGGGAGAGUACCAGGUUGGGAGAGGACCAGUUUAUUUUUGUGGGACACAUGGAAGGUAGAGAUGGGCACUAAUUUUGAGAAGUUUACCGGCGGCCACAGUCGGGUCUGAUUAGAAUUAAUGCUGCUGUAGUUGAUGAAGCUUCUGAGAGCUGAUCUAGAAUUGAAUUCCUCUUAUUUAUGGCAAUGGGAGCAGCUCUGAAGUCCUGGUGGCAUUUUGCUUUGUAUUAAAUUGGCCUUUGCGAUGGAGCCAACACCUCCUGCUGAAAGUUCAGUAAAUGAGCAGGGUAUUCUGACUGACACUGACCUUUUGGACUGAUUGUCAAGCACUUUUCCCACAUCCUUAGUUAAUAAAUACUGGAGAACCUUC